UACUGACGGGGAAAUAUUACAAGAAUUAACAUACAUUGAGAGGGAAAAAAACUUAACCGUAUAGCAUGUUAUAAAUAAAACGUACUAGAAAACUUGUUUUAAACCUGUAUAGCAGUUUUAUCAACACACAUGGUUGAUUACAUUUCUAUAAAACCUUUUAAGUCAGGACGUUAAACUUAAUUCCAGCAUUAUGUAAUUAACAGAACUGGAACACAUGCAAUUACGAUUAACAUCCUAAUAAAACGGCGAAACAGCGCCUAAUAUCUAUACGCGCCCUGCUGUCGCUUGUAGUUGUUUUGAAAGAAACCGUUAAUCCGGAUGUCGGAAAUCCAGCCCUGUGACAGGUUAACAUCAGCUUUUUCUACACCACUUCCGCGUUCUUCUCUCUUUAUUAACCAGGCUAUAAGAUACUGGCGGGAAAUUGGGAAACAACUCUUUUUGUUUGACUACUCUUUGUGUCAAGUACAGAAAUACACAAAUUCUUCCAGACAGUUCGGCUGGUGACAGGUCGCACCAUAAUUCAGCGCCCAAAUGGACCCGUUAGAAUUCCUAACGAAUGAAGAGUUGCUGUUUUUCUUCCACCGGAAAAAGACGGAGAUUUCGUGCAUACAACAACCGCGCAGACUCCUCACUCAGCUGCGAGACCACGAUCUGGUGCCAGAGAAACUUUUUGAGAAAGUGAAAAAGAUGCGUUCUCGUAAGCAGAAGGAGAAGGGCUUCUAUGAGGUUCUGGAAUGGUUGGAGAAAAAUAGACCUCAGGACAUGCAUCAGUUCUGGCGCUGUGUGUUUGAAGAUCAUAUCCUGCAGCUGUACCCAGCGCUACGCAAGCUCAAAAACAGUCUGCUGGAUGGCACUUUCAAACUCUGUGAGGAACCUCCGGAUGUUGAGACACUGACAGAGGAGGCGAGUGAAGGAAAGGCAGAGAAAGGGAAGAAGAGCUAUAAAAGAAAGACAAGUAAAGAUGAUAGCAGCAGUGAGGAUAGUGAUGGUCCUGAUCUUUUCUCUGCUAUCAUAUCCAGUCAGAAGAUACCAGACAAAAAACUCUCAUUCUGCACUUUCAAACUCUGUGAGGAACCUCCGGAUGUUGAGACACUGACUGAGGAGGAGAGGGAAGGAAAGGCAGAGAAAGGGAAGUUGAAGAGCUACAAAAGAAAGACAAGUAAAGAUGAUAGCAGCAGUGAGGAUAGUGAUGAUCCUGACCUUUUCUCUGCUUUCACACCGAGUCAGAAGAAACCAGACAAAAAACCCUCAUUCUCAUCUCCUGUGAAGAAAGGUGACAAGCAGGAGAUUUGGACAUGGCCUGUUCAUGAAACUCAGCUGCCUGUAACCUGUGGGGAUAAAGAAGGCACUCUCUAUCGGGACAAACUGCUUGAAGGGGAGAAGUGUAUUUUGUCCCAGGGACACUGGUUCACCCCAACUGCUUUUGAGAAGUUUGCAGGGAAGGAAAAGUGCAAAAACUGGAAAACCAGCAUCCGCUGCAGAAACAUUACGCUUAAAAAACUCAUAGAAGAGGGGCAUCUUGAGUGUCCACAGAGGAAGACUAGAAAGAAAACCUGUGUUCAAAAACAGAACACGAAUGAGAGGUUUCCAGUCAGUUCUAACAAGAGCUCCAGUAAAGACUCAGAAACAGGAGAUUUCCAGGAACAGAGAGGGAAAGGAGGAGGAACAGAGUUUAGAGGGAGAGUUGAGGAAGAAGACGACAUUGCAGAUCUGUCUGUUUUCCAGGCUCCCUCUUUACCAGUCACCUGUGUUUCACUUACUGGGACUCUGUACAAAGACAGAUUUGCAUUAGGGAGUCGUGGGAAGUGUAUACGUACAGAGGAAAGAUGGUUCACUCUAGAGGAAUUUGUAAAGCAGGAACCGACUCUCACUGAUGGACACUGGAAGAAAGAUAUACUGUGCCAUGGAAAAACACUCAACUUUUUACUCAAGAAACAGAUCCUGUACAUCCAUUCCCUUCUCUGUGAAUGUGUGAAAUGCAGCACUCUAAAGCAAGACGUGAUGGCCCAGAACAAUGAUGACGAGUGUUACGUGUGUCGCUCUGAGGGAGAUCUUGUGUGUUGUGACGAGUGUCCACGAGCUUUUCAUUCACACUGUCACCUACCAGCUAUAAAUGGAGAAACACCUGGGGAAUGGAUUUGUACCUUUUGCGUGUUAAGAAAAAGUCAGCAAUGGUGUGACUCCAAUAACAUGUCUGAACAAGAAGCUUUCAAUUCCCCAGUGUCUCAGUACAUAUUGCACUGCCACUGCCUCCUGUUAUGUGUGUACAGAGAGGACAUCCAGAAGGUGUUUGUUAAGGAUCCACAACAAAUAGUGUCCAGAUGCUCUGAGUUCAUAACUCAGCCGAUGUGGAAGUUGGAAACUGGCGUGUAUCAGACGGUAGGAGAGUUCGUCUCUGACUUUCAGCUCAUUUUCAGCAACUGCAGCACAUUCAAUAAGGACAGUGAGUUUGGCCGAAUGGGUACCAGGCUGAAGCGAAUGUUUGAGGAAGAGUUCCGGAAAAUCUUCAAAAUUGCUGAAGUGUUCACACCUAAAAUGCUUAAGGGAAAUUACAAGGACAAAAACAAAAAUGUAUACAGGUUUGUGUGUCCGUAUGCUGGUCAGUUUCUUUGCAGUCUGACAAGCCUUGUGUUUGUGAUGGAGGGUGAAGGAGAGGUGCUUUAUAACACUGUUUCAUGGGAUCCUCGUCUGUUAGAUGGUUUGAGCAAGACUGACAAGUCUGCAGGUCCCUUGUAUGACAUUAAAUGUUUUAAUGGUUCAAUCUCAAGACUUCACCUUCCACACUGUGAAAUAUUCUCAGAGGAAGAUAUGGAUCGUUUAUCUGUAGCACAUUUCACUAAUGGUAAUGUAGCAAUAAUGAAUCCGCUUAAAGUGACUGAAACGCAUGUGAUGAUUGACAUCAAAGAUCUCUCCAUCUUUGGGCUCAUAAAAAGGAUGAUAUUUCGUCCUUCCCCCGUCGUUGCCCAAGUACUUGUCUUUCUGCGACCAAUAACUAUGAGAGAGGAAGAAAACAUACUGGAUGUCCAUUUGCUCCCAUGGAAUGUUCCACUGUCAGAGGUCAAGGACCAACACGCGGAGAAUACACACAUUAAAACCAGUUCAAAGUGUUGUCUCACCCCGGGAACACAAUACCGUCUGUGUUGUCAACCAGAGGGAUCUACAGUGCAGCCAGCGACCGAGGAGUUUGAGUUUAAUUUUGGUCCAAACUAUCAUCCCACAUUUGAAGUGUUUGUGAAUGUCAGAAAUAAGGAGGUCAAGCUAAGUCUUAUGAAUAGCACUGAAGGAAGGGAAGUGUGGGUUCCACGACGAAUCCUUCUCACAGGCCAAGAUGUAGACCUCCCAGUUCACAGGCAGCUCGUGGCAUCUGAAUUUGUGAACAAACACAGAUGUCCCCUCAUUCAGAGAGUUUCAUCAGUGAUGACGAUUGCUGAUGGUCUGAGGGCCAAAGGUAUGAUUACACCUGAAAUGUACGAUAAAAUUCAUGAUACAAAACCACGGCAAAACAAAAUGAGAGCCUUGUUGAAAGCUCUGGACUCUGGAGGAGCUUCUGUAAAAGCAGAAUUCUACAGAUUGCUGAAGGAGAACGAACCUCAUCUUGUAGAUGAACUGGAUUCUGGACCCAAUAGACCACAGUAAUGCUGAGACUACAUUAGAGAGGAACACUUCAGUCAGUUUGAGACAUAAACAACAGCUACAGCUUCUUUACAUGUAUAUAAGAGAGAUCCAGGUGCUUAUUUUCUGAAUUUAGUACAAGAUUUACAAAUUAUAUUUCUGUCAUGAAUCCCACAAGUUUGUGUCAAACCAUCAUGUUCUUCAGCAUAAUCUGAGAAUGAACCAAAUAGCAUCUUGUGCUUCAGUGGAAGCAAGAACAUUUGACUAUCUGUACAAUGUCAACAUGUGUAUGUCUGCUGAUGCUGUAUGUAACUGUGAAAUGCAGCAUCUAAAAUAUUUCAUGUUUGUUUUUGCUUUAAUGUUCGUUUUCAGAAUUAUCAAACUGUAUCCAGAUUGGUUUAAUUUGAAUCCCUAUAUUUGGUGCUCAUUGUCUAUGUGACCCUCUCUGUGAAGUCAUUUUUGUGGAUUUACUGUUUUCUACAUAAAAUCAUCCUUCAUAAGGUAAAGAACAUUCUGUGAAAAUAUAACCUUUAUAUCGUUAAUAUUGACCGAGUAUGGCCAUGUGAAAGAUUGAAAUCAUAUUGAAAUGAAUGGUUGAAAUCAAACUUUGAUGCUUAUCUCAUAAUUAGAUUGAGACUGUAGCCUGGAUUUCACAGAGAGGGUCACAUAUGUUAAUGUACAGUAAUGUGUUUAUCGUUUACUCUGAUUGGAUUUGUUUAAUACGAGGUAUGAUGCUGUUACUGUAUGACAUUAGUAACUAUGAAUGUUUUAAUUUUGUAAUACUGGGGAAAAAUAACCACACAAUUUAAAAAAAAGACAAUUAUGUCUUCAUCAUAAAAUUGUCAUAAACAGAGACGUGAACCAAGA